CCAAUGCACGAUUUGGUCAACCCGUCAAGGAAGCUCUUAUCUGACUCCCACGCCUGUAAAGAUCUUUUUACGGAAUUUUCACUCUGACGGACAGCCCAGCUAUCGACGUUGACCCUGUAAGCAAUAUCGAGAAUUGAGAUCCAGCUAUUGGCUGGUUGCCUGCGGGCGAAACACGACUUAUAACUGCGACAGAACAAAAUGGCGUCCCAUAUCAACAUUGACGACGAUGAUGAUCUUCUUGAUAACGACCUUAUUGAUGCGGAUGACGCUGCCAUCGAAGCCGACGAUCCAUUGAAUACAUCCGACACAACACCUUUAACCGGAAACAUCCAAUCAGACAUAAAUGCAGGCUCAUCCUCUUCCUCGCGAGGCGUCGGUGGUAUGGGCGGCUUCUCCUCGAAUUACCUCACAUCCUCUAUCCCCGGCGAAGACCGUCGCGCGCCGCAAAACACCAUCGACGAGACGGUAUGGGAAACACUAUCUCGCGAUCUGUUGGCGGUAUGGGAGAAGAUGAGACAGGUUCUCUGGCCCAAGUAUUUGCUUGGUGGUCUUCUGGUUAGAGGUGGUGGUGGUAUUGGCGGUGCUGCGGAGAGAGGGGAGGCUGCUACAACUCCUACGGCUGCUGGGUUUGGAAGGAAUCUGCGUGGUUUGGUGGGGAGAUGGCCUGAUGCGGAUGUUGUGCUUCAGAGUGGGAUGAGUGAAGGGUUACGGGAUUGGGAUUUAUGGGGCCCUCUUAUUUUCUGCUUACUACUCAGCAUGUUCCUCUCCAUGCGGGCUCAUGGCGAUCAAUCGUCUCUCGUUUUCUCCGGAGUUUUCUCUAUCGUGUGGAUCGGCGAGGCCAUUGUUACAUUGCAGAUCAAGUUGCUUGGAGGAAAUAUCUCAUUCUUUCAAUCUGUAUGCAUCAUCGGAUACACCUUGUUCCCUCUGGUCAUCGCCGCUCUUCUCAGUGCAUUGGGUCUCCCGAUGAUUGUGCGAAUCCCAGUCUACCUCGUUCUGAUUGCGUGGUCUCUCGCCGCUGGAGUCAGUAUUCUCGGUGGCUCAGGGGUCCUUCGCAAUCGCGUUGGUAUUGCUGUCUACCCAUUGCUCGUCUUCUAUAUUUCGAUUGGCUGCCUCUGCUUCAUCAGUUAAGCAACCGCUUUCAAUUGCUUUGCUGUCUAUGUAUCAAUCUCUUGAUCACCAUCAGGAGAUACCCUUAUGCGACCUUUGAACAGACCUUUAUCUGCCAUAUUUAUGUUUGUAUCUCAUCCCGUCCAUAAUAUGUAUCAUGUAUAAGUAGUCCG